UGAUGUGGAGUACACUGGUACUGGCACUGAUGGCUGGAGAUCUCACCCUGGCAAACGGAAGUUCAGGGUCGGGGUGCACACUGCAGGGGACCCCCAGGCCUGCUUCAUUUUCCCAACCUGGGGACUUUAUGAUCGGAGGUGUUUUUUCCAUCCACUACUUUGUGAGCAGCACCGAGCACAACUACACCAGCCGACCCAAUGAGCUACACUGUACAGGCAGCGUAGAUUUCCGGAAUAUGCGCUUUGCCAGGACUAUGGUUUUUGCUAUCAAGGAAAUCAACAACAGUUCAGAGCUCCUGCCAGGUGUAACUCUGGGCUACCAGAUCCAUGACUCCUGCUCCUCCGUGCCAGUGGCUGUGAAGAUGGCAUUCCAGCUGGCCAAUGGCAUUGAGCCAGUCUUCUUUCCCAACCAGUCCUGCUCAAAGUCUGCCACUGUGCAUGCUGUUGUGGGCGACUCUAACUCCUCUCCUACCAUCGCCAUCUCCAGAAUUCUCGCACCCUUCAGCAUCCCCCAGGUGAGCCAUUUUGCCAGCUGUGCCUGUCUUAGUGACAAGCUGCAGCACCCCACCUUCUCCAGGACCAUGCCCAGUGACUACUUCCAGGCAGCUGCCCUGGCUAAACUAGUCAAGCAUUUCGGCUGGACUUGGAUCGGGGCGGUGCGGAGCGACUCAGACUAUGGGAACAAUGGGAUGGCCGCCUUCCUGCAGGCUGCACAGGCAGAGGGCAUCUGCGUGGAGUACUCAGAGGCAUUCUACAGGACCUACCCCGUUGAAAAAUUGCGACGCGUGGCAGAGAUCAUCAGCAGGUCCACAGCCCGCGUUGUUGUGGCAUUCGUUGCCACAGGCGACAUGCUGGUCUUGCAGUCAGCACUGGAAGGCAUUCAGGUGGCCCCGCUACAAUGGAUUGGGACUGAGGACUGGAUCACUGACCGCAUGAUGUCGCAGUUUCGUCUGUUUGCCGGUGCAAUCGGCUUUGGCAUCCCCCGCUCAGUCAUUCCAGGGCUGCGAGACUUCCUGUUGGACCUGGGGCCAGCACAGGUUUCCCAAUCACCACUCCUCACAGAGUUCUGGGAGACCGCUUUCGGCUGCAGCCUGGGGGGAAUUCAGACUGCAGAGGGUCGGAAAACAUGCGACGGAAACCAGAAUCUGCGAGAUCUGCAGAAUCCCUACACAGACACAUCCCAGCUGCGCAUCUCCAACAUGGUGUACAAGGCUGUGUAUGCAAUAGCCCAUGCCAUACACAGCAUCAUCUGCACAGACGAACCUAACACUCCACCUCACUGCAACGCAAGUAUCCGGGUUGUACCAUGGCAGGUCAUGGAGCACCUGAGAAAAGUGAACUUCUCCAGGAACGGGUACAAAGUCUCCUUUGAUGCCAAUGGGGACCCGGUGGCCAUUUAUGAGUUGGUGAACUGGCAGAUGAUGAGGGAUGGGCACAUGGAGUUUGUGACUGUGGGCCACUAUGAUGCAUCUGCUCCAGAUGGACAGGUGUUGAUCAUUAACAAGAACAUUACCUGGGCAGUUGGCCAGCCAAAGGUGCCCGUGUCAGUGUGCAGUGCGAGUUGUCCUCCUGGCACUCGGAAGGCUAUGCAGAGAGGAAGGCCUGUUUGCUGCUAUGACUGUGUGCCCUGUGCUGAGGGAGAAAUCAGCAAUGCUACAGAUUCCCUGGACUGUAUAACCUGUCCAGAUGACUACUGGCCGAAUGCUGAGAAAGAUGCAUGUGUACUCAAACCUGUUGAGUUCUUGUCCUUCCACGAGGUUCUGGGGAUCAUUCUUGCAGCUUGUUCUGUGACUGGGGCCUGCAUGGCCUUCAUGGUGGCUGUCGUGUUUUACCGACACAGGGAUACUCCCAUUGUGAAAGCCAACAACUCAGAGCUGAGCUUCAUGCUGGUCUUUUCACUGAAACUGUGUUUCCUUUGCUCUCUUACCUUCAUCGGCCGGCCCUCUGAUUGGUCCUGUAUGCUGCGCCACACUGCGUUUGGGAUCACCUUUGUCCUCUGCAUCUCCUGUGUUCUGGGGAAAACACUAGUGGUGUUAAUGGCCUUCAGGGCUACACUUCCAGGCAGUAAUGUCAUGAAGUGGUUUGGGCCUCUGCACCAGAGAAUGAGUGUUCUUGCUUUCACUCUCAUACAGGUCCUUAUUUGUGUGCUUUGGUUAACAACAUGUCCUCCUUUUCCAAACAAAAACAUGAAGCACUACAAAGAAAAGAUCAUUCUAGAAUGUGAUGUAGGAUCAGCACUGGGGUUCUGGGCUGUACUGGGUUAUAUUGGGCUCCUCUCUAUAUUGUGCUUUAUUUUAGCUUUUCUGGCUCGUAAGCUGCCUGACAACUUCAAUGAAGCCAAAUUCAUCACAUUCAGCAUGCUCAUAUUCUGUGCAGUCUGGAUCACCUUUAUACCAGCAUAUGUCAGCUCACCUGGAAAGUUCACUGUAGCUGUGGAGAUCUUUGCUAUUUUAGCUUCCAGCUUUGGUUUGAUCGUUUGCAUUUUUUUCCCAAAAUGCUUCAUAAUAUUGUUUCGGCCUGAGCAAAAUACCAAAAAGCACAUGAUGGGGAAAAUGCCGUCAAAAUCCUUUUGAAGCACAUGAAGAAAUGUCAGUAAUUUCUUCAGUAAUGUUGAUUAUAUUUUAAAUGUUCUUCUGCUGUAUAUUUCUUUAAAUUUUUUGAGGACCAUAUUUCUUAUCUGUAAUAUUAAUUUAUUUUUUAUCUGUAAUAUUUAAAUCCCUCAGGGACCCUCAGGGAUUUCUUUUCAGGAAAAUAAAACAUUUACGAAUCAGGGUGUUAGUGUUUCUUUGUAAUUGUUCAGUCCUUACUGAAAAUUCAGUAAGCAAAGUAACAAGAUUGGAACUUGACUUGCAAGUACCAAGGAGAACAAAGCCUAUGCCUGCAGAGUGCUGUUGCUGGAGGGCAGGCAGAGUCAGUCUUACUCCUUCAGGAGCUGCAGAGGGGAGCUGGAGGUGUGGCUGAAAGAGAGAAGAUGGGUCACGUUAAAUGACAAAAUUUGAUUGAUGGUUAAUAGGCCAAUAAGGUCAGUUAAUUAUUAAUUGUACAUUUUUUAUUAUUAUUUUACUACUAAUUUUUGGUAGCAUUUAUUGUUGGGGUUCAUGGUGUGUGUGUGUGUGUGUGUGCCAUUUUAUUUUUAAUCAGUUCUGUGAAGGGAAAGUGCUAUGUUGGUGCUUUUUAAACAUGUUUUAAAAAGGUGGUUUCCUGUAAAAGUGCUUGGGUCAGUUUUCACUUUUUUUUGUUUGCAAAACCAUCCGACUCAAAUACAUCAACAAGAAAUAAAUAAAAGUUUUAAGCAAAG